AUUUAUAAAACAGUAAAAACAAAGUCACAAAAGGUUGCCCUUGGCUUUGAAAAAUAUUUUAAUUGAAAUAAGAUUUAUAUUGUUUUUACCUAGAUCUACAAAUGCCUCAUUGCUGCUCAAUAUUUCGAUUUCUCACACGAAAGAAGGUACGAUAAUUUCGUUUCGCACAUACAUCGGGGCGUGAUUUUGAGAAUACCAGAAGUUGCAUGAAAAGGUAAAGCGAAACUGGCACCGAUGAAAUUCAUGUAUUUUUGAGAAAUAAGCACGUGUAUUUGCUUUGCGCCAGCAAACCACGGUUUUACUUUUACACAACUACCCCUGUCCCUUGUAGAAAUAGUUCAAUGAUAUCGACUGUUGGAGCCGGGGAGUUUUAUUUUUGUUGUCAUCGCGACCCAUUCAAAUAACAGCUCUUCAUCAGCAAAGUCCAGAAUCUACGGGGACAGACCUACACAACUCAAGUGGAUGUGACUAAACGUAAGGUGUACGUAGUAAAGUGUCAAGGGAAUUGUAGUAGUGUGACAAGAAUUACCUUUAAUGGUAGCUUUAGAAAGGGUUAAACAAGCUCCUGUCGAAUUAAUUGAAAUGUUCUGUCUGAGUCUCCCCAUGCCAUAAUCAUAAUCCUAAUGAAGACAAUUGUUUCUUACCAAUCAUAUCGAUUCAUAAACAUAUUUUAUUUGGAUUGGAUGGUAGACAACUUGUCUGACAAGGCAAUAAAGCAGUAAAAUGGAUGAAGAAAGUCUGAAAUGUUCCAUAGAACUAUACAAGUCACAGUUAAAUCAAGUUGAACAAGCCAUUGAAGCUGCAGGGGAAACAGAUGACAUGGUAAAAUUAAAAGAUGAUUUGAAGGAAUUAAUAGCAUUGACGGAAGAUAGCCUGUUGUCUUUAUUGAAAGGACAGCUAUUACAGUCUAUAGAAUCUACAACUACUACCACUACUACAGUAGAUGAUGAAUAUGCUGCAUUUCAGGAGGCUUUAGGAGAAGAUAUAACAAAAGAUGAUUCAAUAAGUCAGGAUACAGGCAAUACAAUACCAGGUGAAGAUACGUCUGUCGAUGAAAGUUUAGAAGAAUCUUUGUUAGAGCUCCAGGGGAUGAGAUGUCGAGCACCAUUCCAACAUGAUUGGGGAUGCCUAGCUUAUUAUAAUGCACUUAUACAUUCUGUAGAUCCAGUUUCACACAACACUCAGUGUCCUAUGGUUAAUGUAAUGUUUUGUAAUCCAACCCACAGUUCUAUGGCAGUGUGUCCAUUUUAUUUAGAGGGAAGAUGUAAAUUUAGUGACGAAGAUUGCCGAAAUAGUCAUGGUUAUCCUGUCAAACUAGAAGACCUACAAGAAUAUCAGGAACCAAAUUAUAGUUUAUUAAAGAUUGAUACUAAAUGUUUAGCUCAAUAUGAAGAUGGUUUAUGGUACAAGGCUACAGUUAUAGAUAUGAAAGAUCAAAAGAUACAGGUUUUAUUUGAUGAAUAUGGUGAUAAAACUUCUAUAGGUUUAGAACACAUUCUACCAAUAGGUAAUGAAGAUGACAUAUCAGAUAAUGAAUCUGAGUUAGAUGAUGAUCUCAAUAAACCACUAGAUAGAUCGGAUUCAGAUGAUGAUGAUGAUGCUCUACCUGUGUUUCUAUGGAAACCACCAAAAACUACAGCCAGAUUAGGGGAAUGGGAAGAACAUACAAAGGGUAUUGGGUCUAAGUUAAUGAUUAAAAUGGGAUAUAUUAUUGGACAAGGAUUGGGUAAAAAUGGUGAUGGUAAAGCAGAACCUGUUCCAAUACAAUUAAUACCAAAAGGUAAAUCUCUAGAUAAGAUAAUGGAGUUGAAGGAGUUAGCUGGAGAUCAAGAUUUAUUUGAUGCUAUGAAGAAAUUAAAGAAAAAAAACAAGAAAACUGAAGAUAAAAAUAAACAACCUAAACAAACCUCUCAACCUACAGACAUGUUUGAUUUUAUAAAUAAAAAACUUCGAGGUAAAAAAGGAAAUCUUCAUGAUCUAGUAAUAAAACAUCCAGUACCAGGUACAAGUCAUGACAACCAUUCUAAGAAAAAUAUCACCGAAAAAGAUCUUCAGUCUAAGUCAGACCGACAUCUUAAUAUACAGUUGCUGAAGACAGAUGAGGAAUUGAAGAGUGUUGAUAAAGAAUUAAGAAGUUUAAAACAGUCUUUAGCUAGAAAUCAACUUCGAGACAAGGCUGCUGCUAAAAGAAUUGAAGCCAAGAUUGCCUCCCUUGUGGAAUAUCAACAUAAUUUGAGGACUUCAGAACAGACGAUGUCACAACAUAAACAGAGACGUAAAGAUCAUAAGAAAUUAACUAUUUUUUGAAUUAUUUACUGUCUUUCCUUUAAAUUAUUUUCUGGUCAGUAUUUUAACGGGUUCCACAUAUUGUCAGAGACCCAGGCAAUUAUAAUCAAGGGACCUAUACAAUAUCAAAAGUACUUGUAUUUGCAGGAUCCAUUUAAUAUGUUACAUUAUAAAGCGAAAACUCAAUGCUGGGCAUUGACUGGUCGGGGGAAUCUUUAGUAAACUUUGUAGCACUGUUUUAGUCAUAUUUACCAUUCUUUACUGACUGGAGGGGAGGGGGGGGCGGAGUAGGCAAGGAGUAGGGUCACCUGUCCAACCUCGUGAGUUUUCUCCAGGUCCUCGGUUUCCUCCCACUCCUGAAGACCCCUAUGCACAAGCAAAUUAUUGAAAUAAAAUUGAACCAUAUGUUAGUCCCAAAAUGACCUGGUUUGUGUCAAGUUGACCUGAAAUCUCUCUGAAAUAUUGUCAAAAAUUGACCGACUGGAAGCCCUGGGCCGUUAUUCACAAAAAC